AUUUGAAUGCUGCGUCCGUACGGCAUGUUGAGUUAGUAGGUACCUACAACGCCUACACGUUGCGGGGAGGUAGCUCGGGCAGUAACAAGCCCCAGCCCAAGUCAGCAAUAACUUCGCGACCCCCCCAGUUCCGCCCGCUCCGUCUUGACAUUCGACACCGCUCAUCCCAGCCCGAGGACAAUAGCUACCUACCUAUCUGGUCGCUCCCGUCGUGUCUGCUCACUUAGCGCCGGGUUGUGUACCAUACCUACCUUCUUCCUAUCCCUUCGCUGACGAGGCGGCCUUGAGUUUAUCUAUUUAUCCCUUCACCCACCACUGUAGCCCAUACACGCAGCUGAGGGGAGACCGACGGCAAGAUGCAGUCGGGAAUCUCUGCCUCGCAGGAGCUCGUGUCGCGGUUCAACGAGCUGCUGUCGGACCCGGGGCUCUUCGGGCUGCUCGUGACGAUCUCGGACGAGGCGCUGGCGCCGCUCGCGACGCUGCGGCGGGCCUCUAGCAGCAGCGACUUCGCGGACGACCUGGGGCAGCUGGCGCCGCACCUGGGGGCGGACGCGCCGCUGUACGCGCUGCUGCGGCGGCACGCGGCGGCGCCGCACCUGGUGGCGGUGACGUACGUGCCGGACGCGGCGAAGGUGCGGCAGAAGAUGCUGUUCGCGGCCACGCGGCUGGCGCUGGUGCGCGAGCUGGGGUCGGAGCACUUCCGCGAGACCCUCUUCGCGACGGCCCCCGACGAGCUCACCCCCGACGGCUUCGCCCGCCACGACCGCCACGCCGCCCUCGCCGCCCCCCUCACCGACGAGGAGCGCGACCUCGCCGCCGUCAAGCGCGCCGAGGCCGAGGCCGGCGCCGGCACCGCCGUCCGCGAGAUCCACCUCAGCAAGACCAUGAACAUGCCCGUCGCCACCGACGCCCUCGUCGCCCUCAGCGAGCUCGGCCGCGGCGACGGCUCCGGCCUCGUCAUGCUAAAAAUCAACCACGAUACCGAGGUCGUCGAGCUCGUCGCGGACGACUCGACGCCGGCCAGCAUCGCCGAGCUCGUCGGCGUCAUCUCGGCGACGGAGCCGCGCUUCACCUUCUUCCGGUACCGCGCGGCGCCGCCGCACGGCGGCGAGGCGAGGGACGUCGUGCUCUUCUUCUACACCUGCCCGCCCUCGGCUGCCACCAAGGGCAUCAAGUUCCGCAUGAUAUACCCGCUGAUGAAGCGCGCGGUGCUCCAGGUCGCCACCGGCGAGGCCGGCGUCGCCGUCGAGAAGAAGUUCGAGGUCGAGGACCCCGCCGAGAUCACCGAGCAGUCCGUCCUCGAGGACCUCUUCCCCGAGGCCGAGACCAAGACCCAGUUCCGGCGCCCGAAGCGCCCCGGCAGGUGAGACGGGGGCGGUCCCGACGCCUAAGGAGGAGAGAGAGACUACCGAAUUUCUACGCGAAUCUGGUGUGGCGGCGGCGGUGCAUGGCGCCGACGAGGCAGGACUCGACGGCGCUUAGCACGAAAAGACAAGGCGGAGAUUACGCUCGCAAAGCAGACAACCAGAGAAAGGGCAACGUGAAUAUAUUUGACUGCGUGACCGCGCGCGGGAACAAUACAAUGCUAGCAAUAGAUUUGCAUCCAUAUAU